UCGGAAACAGCGUUGCGUGAUCACGACUCACAAAUCCACACCGAAAAAGCGAGAGAAGAAAACGAGAGUGUUCGUCAAGCUCGCGAAUGGGAGGGAAGAUGGGCAAGGACGUGGCCGCCGGCGGCGAGAGCAACCGCCGCCCGCCGCCGCCGCCGCCUAUGCCGCUGGGCCUGAGGCUCCAGCUGAUCGGGCUCUCGGCGGCGAUCGACGCGGUGGAGCGGCGCGACGGGACGGUCAACCGCGCGCUCUACUCCGUCCUCGUCGAACACCUGAUGAGCGUCCGCGCCGACCCGUCCCCGGACGCCGCCACCGGCGCCGUCCGCUCCUUCGACUUCACCAUCGACGCCGCGCGCGGCCUCUGGGCGCGCGUGUUCGCGCCCGCGGCGGCGGCGCAGGCGGCGGCGCCGAUGCCGGUGAUGGUGUACUACCACGGCGGCGGGUUCGCGCUGUUCUCGCCGGCGGUGGCGCCGUUCGACGGCGUGUGCCGCAGGCUGUGCGGCGACGUUGGCGUCGUCGUCGUCUCCGUCAACUACCGCCUCGCGCCCGAGCACCGCUACCCCGCCGCCUACGACGACGGCGUGGACGCGCUCCGCUUCCUCGACGGGAACGGCAUCCCGGGCCUCGACGGCGACGUCGUCCCCGUCGACCUCGCCAGCUGCUUCCUCGCCGGGGAGAGCGCCGGCGGCAACAUCGUGCACCAAGUGGCCAACCGCUGGGCGGCCACGUGGCAGCCCACGGCCAAGAACCUCCGCCUCGCUGGGAUGAUCCCCGUGCAGCCGUACUUCGGCGGCGAGGAGAGGACGCCCUCCGAGCUGGCGCUCGACGGCGUGGCGCCGGUGGUGAACCUCCGGCGGUCGGACUUCUCGUGGAAGGCGUUCCUGCCGGUGGGCGCCGACCGCGACCACCCGGCGGCGCACGUCACCGACGAGAACGCCGAGCUGGCGGAGGCGUUCCCGCCGGCGAUGGUGGUGAUCGGAGGGUUCGACCCGCUGCAGGACUGGCAGCGGCGGUACGUCGACGUGCUGCGGCGGAAGGGGAAGGCGGUGGAGGUGGCGGAGUUCCCCGACGCCUUCCAUGGCUUCUACGGCUUCCCGGAGCUCGCCGACGCCGGCAAGGUCUUGCAGGACAUCAAGGUGUUCGUCCAGAGCAACAGGGCGGCGCGCGCCACCGCCUGAAUUGAGAUUCGAGAGUUUGAUCUGCUUCGUACCGUACACGCGUCGUACACUUCAUAUACUUGAGAUUUUGAAUUGGGAUUUCUGUGAUUCAAGGUGUCAUACCCGCUUUAUACUGAAAGAUGUUGGAUCAGUCUUUGGAGAUGUUCAUACGGAUAGAGAGUGGGUUUACACCGGUGCAGUCCUUGGAGAUAGUAAGGAGUAAGUGUGGGUACGUAUGUAAGUGUUUACCCCCUCCGUCCAAAUAAACCAAUCCUAACUAUUAAUCUGGAUAUAUGUGUGUCCAGGUUCAUUUUUAGAGUUUGUUUUUUUUUUGACAAAUUAGUAUGUUUGUACCGUGUUUGGCAAAAAUAAAAAAUAAAAAAAAGGCAUUUGGUAUAGAAAUUA